AUGGAUUUUGAAGAAGAUCUAUUGUUGUAUUACUAUAUAUCUCGAGAAGAGAGUCCUUUUAAGAUCGAAGAAGAAGCAGUUUUGAAAGAAUCAAUUUCAAAAGAACCAGUUUCAAUAAAAAAGGAUUCAGAAACUGUUUUAGAUAAAGCUGAAAAGGGUUUAGAAGUUGAUUUAGAAAAAGCUGAAAAUAAUUCAGAAGCUGUUUCGGAGAAAGUUCCAGUGUUUGAUCACUCAUCAGAUGAAGAGAGUACACUGGAAAAGCUUAAAAAUAAACAAGCUGCGAAAAUGAAGAUUGAUGAGGCAGCAAAUGUGAAAGAAAAUGUAAAAUCUGAGGAGAAUCAGGUUGACAGCCUUCAUCAAAAAGCAUCUGAACAAGUUGAGACAACUGUGUUGUCACAGAACGAUGAAGUUAAACCUGAAGAACAAGUUGAAGAAAUUCCAGCUGUCAAGGACAAGAAUGAAGCUGAUGACAAAAAGAUUCUUGGGAUGUGCUUAAAUUGUGAAAAAUCAAAAUCUGAAAAUGUCAAACUGUUGAGAGAUGUUGACAUUGGGUAUAGUUUGAUGAACGUUCUUGACCCUAAAGCCGGUGGUGCUAUCGUUGUUGCAUAUUUACCCGAAGAGAGGCCUUUAGAGACUAGGAAAAAGAAGAAGGUGGAUAAGUCUGAGGGAAAGAGGGCCGAGGAACCAACGGUUAAGGCACCUCGUAAGCGCCCUUCUACUUCUUUCUUCCUGGAUUAUGUUGUCAUAUCUGACACGCUAUCUGGUUUAGACGCAGGAGAUAAGCGUGCUGAACGUGAUCCCGAUGAUGAUGCUACCAUGAUGGAGAUCAUGAAAAAGAAGAAAGUUCUUGAAGACAAGAAGAAGGAGCUUGACGAGCAGGCCGCCGCUGCGCUUUCGGCGAAAAAAUCUAAGCUUCAGAAGGAGACUCCCCAUGCACCUUCAGAGUCAGAGAUUGACCUGGGUGUUUUUAGUGCAAAACAUGUAACCUUCUAG